AUGGCGUCAUCCUCGCAUUCGGAGAAGGAGAAGGAGCGUCCAGGGGGCGUCCCCGGCGCAACCGGCGGAAACAGCACACGAGAGCGGCUGCUCUCUGCGCUGGAAGAUCUGGAGGUCUUGUCCAGGGAACUUAUAGAAAUGCUAGCGAUUUCAAGAAAUCAAAAAUUAUUACAGCCUGGAGAGGAAAACCAGAUCCUGGAGUUGUUAAUUCACAGAGAUGGAGAAUUUCAAGAACUAAUGAAAUUAGCACUUAAUCAGGGGAAAGUCCAUCUUGAAAUGCAAGUUUUAGAAAAAGAAGUCGAGAAGAGAGACAGUGAUAUUCAGCAAUUACAGAAGCAGCUAAAGGAGGCAGAACAGAUACUGGCAACAGCUGUUUAUCAAGCAAAAGAAAAGCUCAAAUCAAUAGAAAAAGCAAGAAAAGGUGCUAUAUCCUCUGAAGAAAUCAUUAAGUAUGCACAUAGGAUUAGUGCAAGUAAUGCUGUGUGUGCCCCACUGACUUGGGUUCCAGGGGACCCACGGAGACCAUACCCAACAGAUUUAGAGAUGAGAAGUGGACUCUUGGGUCAAAUGAAUAAUCCUUCCACUAAUGGUGUAAAUGGGCACUUACCAGGGGAUGCACUGGCCGCAGGCCGAUUGCCCGAUGUCCUUGCUCCGCAGUAUCCCUGGCAGUCCAGUGACAUGUCAAUGAAUAUGUUGCCACCAAAUCACAGUAACGACUUCCUGUUGGAACCUCCUGGGCAUAACAAGGAAAACGAAGAUGAUGUAGAGAAGAAUCUGGCUGAUUUUUUAUACAUUGAUCUUGUACCUUGGCAUUUUGCUAAAUUGGUCAAUUAG